UAAUGAAUCAUUGCUACCCGCCAGGACUCACAGAUUCUCGAGCAUUACAUUGUUCAAACCAAAUACAAAAGCUGCAGAAAGGAAAAUUGAAGAGAAGAAAAGAAAUGGUAAAUCCAAUCCCUGAAAACAUCCAGAGGAUAUGGGAACAUUGGAACAUCCGUAUCGCAGUUCUUUUCAGUCUUUUCUUGCAAAUCAUUCUCAUUGGAUUAGCUCCUUCAAGAAAAUGGACUGCAAAUAGAAUUAUGAUGCUAUUGGUAUGGACAGGUUACUUGCUCGCCGACGCAACAGCAAAUUUUGCGGUUGGACUCAUCUUCAACAGCCAGAGCAAUCCUAAAGACUCUACUCUCUCUCGUGAAAAUGGCGACCUUCUGUCUUUCUGGGCUCCAUUUCUUUUACUCCAUCUUGGUGGGCCAGACACUAUCACUGCUUUUGCUCUUGAAGACAAUCAGUUAUGGCUUAGGCAUUUGCUUGCCCUAAUUGUCCAAGCCAUUGCUACUGGUUAUGUUUUCAUUCAAACUCUUCCAAAGAACAAGGUAAUGAUUCCAACAUGUCUGCUAUUUCUUGCUGGGCUUAUUAAGUAUUUGGAGAGGACUUGUUCUUUGUAUUUUGCUAGCAGAGAUAAAUUUAGAGAUUCUAUGCUUAGAAAACCAGAUCCUGGGCUUAAUUAUGCAAAAUUUGUUGAGGUUUUUGCUUUAGAGCAACCAGAAGAACUCCAAUUAAAGAAAAAAAAUGAAGGCGAAAAAAAGACUACUGAUAUCCGUCUUGAAGUAAGAAAAUUAAAUGAUCUUGAUCUAGUAAAGGAGGCUUAUAAGUACUUCAAAAUCUUUAAAGGACUUAUUGUUGAUCUAAUAUUUAGCUUUCGUGAGCGCGAUCAGAGUAGAUAUUUCUUCAAUAGCAUAUCUCCAGGGGAUGCUUUUAAAGUACUAGCGAUAGAGCUCAAUUUCAUUUAUGAAGUUCUUUACACAAAGAUUGUUGUUGUUCACUCCAAGAAGGGUCUUGAUACAGUAGCCCUUAUAAUGGCUAUUUUCUCUAAUUGGACAAUUGUUGCUGUUCUAGAGAGAGUCAGUGCUAGGCCUGAGGAUCAAUCAUCUAAUUGGCCAUUGCUUCUCUUUAACAAAUUCCUUUCUCUAAAGAGAUCAAAGAUGGAUGCUUGUGGAACAGACAAACAUACUCUUUAUACACCCAUUCCUUUUCGAAGGUGGUCUGAAUCUGUCAAAGGCCAUAACUUGAUUAGGUAUUGUCUUAAAGAACGCCCAAGAAAGGUUCACCAUAUCAAGCACUUCUGCUUUGUUAAUCAAUGUGUCAGCAUAAGAAAAAACAUUGAUCAGUGCAUAAAAACCAGUUACAGAAAAGUCAUCCAUCGGUUUUUAUGCAUUGAUAAAGCAAUAAAGUGUCUGACUGCUUUAAAGGAUGGACUUAUUCAUCUGGUGGGUCUGAAGGAUUUUUUGGAUGAGAUGAAAUAUGUAUCGAAAGAGCCACUAACUAUGGAGCUUUGGGAAUUUAUCUUUAGUGAGCUGCAAAUGAAAUCUUGGUUGAUUGAUGACCCAGAAACUGCAAGAAAAAUUUGUACAGCUAGAGGUGAAUGGGUUCUUUUAAACAAUGGUUUGGGUAAAGAUCAAAGCUAUUUAAUGACUUAUAUUGUUGGUAUUACAUUUGAUGAGAGUCUGUUAAUGUGGCACAUUGCUACUGAGCUUCUGUACAAUGAUAAAAAUGGGAUUGACAAUUGUGAUGAUCAAAGAGAAUUCUGCAAAUUUCUGUCUGAUUAUAUGCUGUAUCUUUUAAUUAUGCAACCGACAAUGAUGGCGGCUGUGGCAGGUAUUGGUAAGUUGAGAUUUCAAGACACAUGUGCUGAUGCAGAAAGAUUCUUUAGAAAGAAAGGCAUACGGUCACCAAAUAAGAUGAAAAAAGCGUGUAAAAAGAUUCUUGAAGUGAAUACACAUUUUAGGCCUACUGAUGUGAAGGGAGAUGGAAGCACAUCUGUGUUAUUUACUGCAAGUAUGUUAGCUAAAGAGCUGAGAAAAUUGAAAGCGCAGAAAUGGAAGAUAUUAAGCCAAGUGUGGGUGGAAAUGUUGUCAUAUGCUGCAAGUCAUUGCACUGCAACUUGUCAUGCCCAACAAUUGAGUAAAGGUGGAGAACUUGUUACUUUUGUUUGGCUAUUGAUGGCUCAUUUUGGCUUAGGAACCCAGUUCCAAACUAAUGUGAGCUUGUUAUCCCAAGGGCAAAAUUGAUUAUCAGCAUCUUGUACUGUGAUCUUUUAUUGAUGUAUCAGAGUGAUUUGUAUUCUCACUUUUUUCUUUGUUCUUGUUGUUUGUCUGUCCCACCUUCCCAGUGUUUGGCAUCUUAACGCAUUACAGUAUCAUCCAUUUGAUUAAUGGAUAAUACUGUAAUGGCAAAAUAAUACUAAAUAAGUAAACGACAAAAUAAUAAUAAAUAAGUAAGACCAACCGAUGUUGGUUGGGAUGUAGUGAGACUCAUUUCUCUUAA